AUGGUGAAGGCGGCGGGGGGCGAUGGAGCUGAGGCCGGGGCUGGGGUCGCGCUGUGCCGGGAGAGGACAGGCCCGGUGGGGCGGGGGCUGCCCGCUCUGCGUCCCCCGGCCCCUCCCGCUGUCCCCCGGCCCAGGCCCCGCACUCACCGGCGCUGCUGCUGCUGCUGCGCUGCGGCGGCGCCCGCCGGGAUGCGGCUCCGUCCCCGCCCCGCCGGGUCCCGCUGCCGUUCCCGGUCCCCGCCGCAGCCCCGGCCCCGCCGCCGUUUCUUCCGCUCCGGAGACACCGACGAACCACGUGGGCACCGGGCGGCCGCCAGCCCCUCCCCCGCCACGCGCCGGGGCCGCCCCCGGGGCUGUGACCCCCCCCAACCCCCCCACCUCCGGGGCACGGCCGGUCCCGACCCCCGGACCCCUCCCGUGCCCGGCGGAGACCCCGAGGGCCGGGGGGCUUCUCCCUUCAUCCCGGGGGUCACCGGCAUCGCGGAGCCGCAUCCCCGCGUGGCGGGGGCUGGGCUCUGGGAUGACGCCUUGGAUAUCCUGGAGAGAGCCUGGAGGGGCACGGACAGACCCCUGGCGUGGGGGGGGCUGAAGGAUGCCCCGAGGGAUGGGGACGGCUCCAGAGCCACCUCUGCUGCCCGGUUCCAUGGGAACCCUUGGGAAAACAGGGAAAACCAGUCCUCCCUUCCCAGCAGCGGGGAUUCAGGCAGGGCGGGAACGGAACCGGAACCGGAACCGGCCACCGGAACCGGAACCGGCCACCGGAACCGGAACCGGCCACCAGAACCGGCCACCGGAACCGGAACCGGCCACCGGAACCGGAACCGGCCACCGGAACCGGAACCGGCCACCAGAACCGGAACCGGCACCGGAACCGGCCACCGGAACCGGCACCGGAACCGGCACCGGAACCGGCCACCGGAACCGGCCACCGGAACCGGCCACCGGAACCGGAACCGGCCACCGGAACCGGCCACCGGAACCGGAACCGGCACCGGAACCGGCCACCGGAACCGGAACCGGCCACCGGAACCGGCACCGGCACCGGCCACCGGAACCGGAACCGGCCACCGGAACCGGCCACCGGAACCGGAACCGGCCACCGGAACCGGCCACCAGAACCGGAACCGGCCACCGGAACCGGCCACCGGAACCGGAACCGGCCACCGGAACCGGCCACCAGAACAGGAACCGGCCACUGGAACCGGCCACCAGAACCGGAACCGGCCACCGGAACCGGCCACCGGAACCGGAACCGGCAACCGGAACCGGCCACCGGAACCGGCCACCGGAACCGGAACCGGCCACUGGAACCGGCACCGGAACCGGCCUCCGGAACCGGCCACCAGAACCGGAACCGGCCACCGGCCACCAGAACCUGCCACCGGAACCGGCCAUGGAACUGGCCACCGGAACCGGACACCGGAACCGGCCACCGGAACCGGCACCGGAACCGGCCACAGGAACCGGAACCGGCCACCAGAACCGGAACCGGCCACUGGAACCGGCCACCGACACCGGAACCGGCCACCGGAACUGGAACCGGCCACCAGAACCGGCCACCAGAACCUGCCACCGGAACCGGACCCGGAACCAGAACCGGAACCGGCCACCGGACCCGGAACCAGAACCGGAACCGGCCACCGGACCCGGAACCAGAACCAGAACCUGCCACCGGAACCGGACAUGGAACUGGCCACCGGACCCGGCCACCGGAACCGGCACCAGAACCGGAACCGGCCACCAGAACCAGAACCAGCACUGGCCACCAGGAGCGAGGAAAAAUUCCGCUCCCGACCCGGCGAGAAAUUCGGGAAGAGGCAAAGAAAAAAAUAUUAA